CUUCCAUCAAAAGCACCGAGAAGAUCUCUCAUCGCUCAUCUUCAUCACCUACGCCAUGUCUGCUUCUGCUUCUACUUCUACUCCAGCUCCAGCUCCUGAUACUCCACAAUCUCUACUCAAAGAUUCUAUGAGAGAGAUAUUCUUAUGGAGGAGAAAGAAGCUGAGCUUUUCAGUUCUUGCCAUCUCCACCGUGAUGUGGGUCUUGCUGGAAAUCUACCAAUAUACAUUUGUUACCGUUGCUUCUUGGGUUGCAAUCUUGACCGUUGCUUCUUUGUUCGUUUGGGCCCACUUGGCCCCACUCCUCGGCAGGGAUGUGCCUAGCUGCUCAGGUUUAGAAGUCUCUGAGCAGUCUGCAGUGGAGAUAGCGGAUGCCGUCCAAUCAUGGGUCGAAGAUUCAGUGAGAUAUCUGUUUCAUGUGGCUGUGGAGAGGAAUUGGUUAGUGGUUGCUCAGAUAAUUACUGCUCUGUUGAUUCUCUCCUUUAUCGGUAGCUGCUUCGACUUCCUUACACUCCUCUACAUUGGUAUUUUGAUGGGUUUCACUUUGCCUGUCCUUUAUUUCAAGUAUCAAGAUAGGAUCCAGGCAUGUGUAGAGCGUGUGAAGAUGUGCGGCCGCAAAUCAUCUGAGCGUGUGAAGAUGGACGGCCGAAAAUUAUCUGAGCGUGUGAAGAUGGACGGUCGAAAAUUGUCUGAGAUGGUUGAUGAGAAAAUCUUGAGGAAGAUUAAGAAAAAGGUUAGCAAAGAGAAGAAAACUGAGUAGUAAUCUCUCAAUUAAUACGAGUGGGCCCAUGUUCGGCCAAUCUCAACCGUUGGGUCAGUGGGCACUGCCGCAGAUGGCUCAUGCACUAAAAAAUGACCCAGAUUGGAAGAUCCUAUCCACAGAUGUCUUAGCACUUCGACAGUUGAAUCUGAACCGUUGUGGUGUCUGGUGGGAUUUAUCCAAUGUGGGGAUUUUUGCUCCAUGUGCCAUCCACGGUGAGGCCCAUCAUAUCGAUGGUUUGGAUGACUGGACGGUGGGCCCCACUUUUGAAAAACUGGAAGCUCGAGGAUUUUGUAUAACUUCUGAGUUGGUUUUGAUGCACAUGUUGUUAGUUACGCUCUAAUGUAAACAUGUUUAUUCUAUUUUAUUUUAUUUUUCACUUUCUAAU